GGGGUUGCGCAUGAUCAGUAGCUGCACCACUAGAAAGAUGGCGGAGCAAGAGCAAAGAAAAAUCCCUUUGGUUCCAGAAAAUCUGCUGAAAAAGAGGAAGGCUUAUCAAGCCCUCAAAGCCACCCAGGCAAAGCAGGCACUUUUGGCAAAGAAGGAGCAGAGGAAAGGAAAAGGGCUCAGGUUUAAGCGACUAGAAUCAUUCCUACAUGAUUCCUGGCGGCAGAAACGUGACAAGGUGCGUCUCAGACGACUAGAAGUGAAACCUCAUGCCAUGGAAUUGCCAGACAAACAUUCCUUGGCCUUUGUUGUACGCAUUGAAAGGAUUGAUGGCGUGAGUUUACUGGUGCAGAGAACCAUUGCAAGACUUCGCCUAAAGAAAAUUUUUAGUGGUGUCUUUGUAAAAGUCACCCCCCAGAACCUAAAAAUGCUGCGUAUAGUGGAACCUUAUGUGACCUGGGGAUUUCCAAAUCUGAAGUCUGUCCGAGAACUCAUUUUGAAACGUGGACAAGCCAAGGUCAAGAAUAAGACCAUCCCUCUGACAGACAACACAGUGAUUGAGGAGCACCUGGGGAAGUUUGGCGUCAUUUGCUUGGAAGACCUCAUUCAUGAAAUUGCCUUCCCAGGGAAGCAUUUCCAGGAGAUCUCAUGGUUCUUGCGCCCUUUCCACCUCUCAGUGGCCCGACAUGCUACCAAAAAUAGAGUGGGCUUCCUCAAGGAGAUGGGCACACCUGGCUAUCGGGGUGAACGCAUCAAUCAGCUUAUCCGCCAGCUGAACUAGACCCAGGUGUCAAACUGCGGUAAAUUUUUAUCAAUGAAGUGGAAGCAUGUGUUUGAUUGUUUUGGGAAUUUUUAUCAAGUAUCUUCAGAGAAGAUUAUUUCCUGCUUUAUCUUCAAAAACUGGAAAGGAAGGAUCAAAGAAAAGACAGUAGCUGGCCGGGCGUGAUGGCUCACGCCUGUAAUCCCAACACUUUGGGAGGCUGAGGCAGGCGGAUCACCUGAGGUUGAGGGUUCAAGACCAGCCUGACCAACAUGGAGAAAUGCUGUCUCUAGUAAAAAUACAAAAAUUAGCCGGGCAUAGUGGCAUGUGCCUGUAGUCUCAGCUAUUCGGGAGGCUGAGGCAGGAGACUUGCCAGGCGGAGGUUGCAGUGAGCCGAGAUCACGCCCUUGCACUCUAGCCUGGGCAACAAGCGAAACUCCGUCUCAAAGAAAAGAAAAGACAAUAGCUUAUGUUCAUGGCAAGCAUCUCUCAUCACACUCCAGUUCCAAAGAAAAAUUCCAGUGUUUUCUACAUUGAGUACUGCAUCGUCUGAAAUCAGCACAUUCUGUGGAGGAAGGAGUCCUGCUUUGUUGCAUCUAUCUUAGGGUUUAAUGUUGGUAAAUGAGUCACUCUAGCAUUUGUACAAGGCUCCCUAAGACUUCUGCAGCAGUUGACCAAGCCCAAGGACAUAAUUGAAUCUGGAGAGUCCUAGGGCCUUGUUUUGAAAAACACUUGAAAUACACAUAGGAAGAAAGGCAUACAAAUAAAUGUUCACUUGUCUGGUGUGAAAAAAAAAAAAAAA